CAAUGAUUGAUGAAUAACUGUAUUGUAAUAAAAGUGUUCAUUCUGUAUAAAGAGAACUCUACUUUAAGUACAUUUUAAUGUAUUUGUACUUCAGUGGAUCCUCUCAGUCCACAUCAAAAUGAUUUAUUAACAUCUUGCAUUCUUCACAAGCUUUAUAUUCAGAAGUUCAGUCGGUCAGAGAAUCAUAAACUGAUGUCAGCAUUAAUAAUAACUCAUAUCUGUUGUUUUGUCCUCUCAGCUCUCCAAAGAUCAGGACUCUGGCCAAAGCUUUGAGUCCCUGUUUCCUGAGGUUUGGGGGGACGAGACAAGACUUCAUGGUCUUCAGCCCUCAGAGGUCUCAUCAGGACUCUGGUUCCUCUGAAGAUGGGUCAUGUGAUCAGAUGGAGCUUCCUUCGUGGCUCGAGGACAAACUGAAGAAAGACUGGACCCAACAACAGCUGAUCCUGAUCAGAGAAGACCUGCAGAGGAAGUACAGAAGAGUGAAGUUCACAGAGUACACCAUGGACCUCCUGAACUCCUUCUCUAACUGCUCUGGGAUGGAUCUGAUCUUCGGGCUGAACGCUCUGCUCAGAACCGCCGACAACAUCUGGAACAGCAGCAACGCCGCCUCGUUGCUGAAGUACUGUGAGUCCAGACGGUACCGGAUGUCCUGGGAGCUCGGCAACGAACCCAACAGCUUCCAGAAGAAGGCCGGCAUCCGAGUGGACGGGUAUCAGCUGGGACGGGACUUCACUCGUCUCAGAGAGAUGAUGUCACGAUCCAGAUUGUACCACGACGCCGGUUUGUUUGGGCCGGACGUGGGUCAGCCUCGAGACCACCGGGCCGACGUCCUGGAGGGGUUCCUUCAGACCGGAUCUCAGGCGGUAGACACCUGUACCUGGCACCAUUAUUACGUGAACGGGAGAGACACGUCUUUGGAGGAUUUUCUGGAUCCUAAAGUUCUCGACACUCUGGCCUUAAAGACCAAAGAAGUCCUGAAGAAAGUGAAGCAGGUUUCUCCUGAUAAACCAGUUUGGCUCGGAGAGACGAGCUCAGCGUACGGAGGAGGAGCUGUUGGUCUGUCGGACACAUUCGUCGCAGGAUUCAUGUGAGUUUAUUCUUUAUGUCUUUAAGUAAGACCUUAAAGAAGGCCGAGUCCAAAUCACGUCGAGGCCGAGUUCAGUGGCCAAAAAGACGCAAAAGGUAAACAUUGAGUUGGAGGUGAAAUAAUUUGUCAAUUGGUCGUUAGACUGAAAGUUAAGCAGAAACAGUUUUAUUAAUGAAUCAUUUGGGACCAACUAGUUGCAGCUUUUCAGAUGUGAAUGUUUGCUGUUCUGUUUUGUCUUCUAUGGUAAUAAAUUAAAUAUCUCUGUGUUUUUGACUGUUUUAAAGACGUCACAUUGCAGCUCUACAUUCAGAAGGAUAAGUUGAAGUAUAACUUAAAUCAUCACUCUGUUUGAAACAGGAAACUACUGAAAUUUACCCAAAUGUUGCAUUAUUUGAUCAACUUGUGAUCAGAGAGCUACUCGUCUAAAACAAGGAGCUCCAUUUGCUCUAAAAACCGUGAGGAGCUGAAGGUCUGAUUUCCUGCUUGAUUAUCUUAAACAGGAGGGUCGUGGUCUCUCAGGAGGUUUACGUGUAGUUUAUUGAGUUUACUGAUUACCCAGCAGCCCUCUGCUCUCAUGACAAAACUUAGAGCUACUCACUCACACACGUUUCUGUAUCAUGUUCCCAUGUUUCAGUGUUAUUAAAACAUGUUUCUGUUUAUUUAUGUUUCUGUUUUCAACACAUCUUUUAUUGUCAUUGACACACAUUUAUAUAUUGUUAACACAUGUUAGUGUUAUUAACACAUGUU